AAAUUCUUAUUGUUCAUCAUAUUUUCAGGCAAUGCAUAUUUGUUCUACUAUCUGGGAGUUGUAAUUAUUUGUAUUAUCAUUAUUAUUAUCUUAUGCAUCUGUACGGCACGAAAAAUCGCACACUACGAAAAGGACAUUGCACAUUACCUGAAAGAUUCGGAGAGCCGACGUUAUAAAGACAACAAGCAAUGGUUUGGGCUGUACCUGGAAGCAUUUAAAGUCCUAUUUAUCUUUAUAUGCGUAAAACAUUUUAUGUAUGCUACACAAUUGUUCUGUGAGGAAUGGUCAUCUUCCCUGCGGUAUAUGUAUGCUGCGCUGGAUGUCAUAGAGCAGUUUUGCAUCUUCAUCAUAUUUGUAUGGAAGAAGAAGAUUAGGCAGCUAUUGCUGAAGCAAUUCGGUUGCCAGAAUCAAAGUCUGUUUUCAGCAAGUCAACACGUUAUCGCAUCUUCAAACAGUAACAUGUCAGAGACGACUUCACUGUAGGAAAAGAUCAGUUUCUACGGAAAAGCUAACUAUCGCGUAAAGAGUUCAUCCGAUUCAACCGAUUUUUAGUGCUAGUAAACGCGACAAAAGAAUUCUAUCAUAGAUCAAAGUCGACAAUUAUCCAGUGAUUAAUUACAGUGCUAUAACAAUUUUUAAACGAUGAUAUUUGUAUCAUAUUUGAAUCGUUUUGUGUAACAGAAUAAUGGUCGUAAUCUCUACUUGUCAAAUACAUAUUUGUCUAUUUCUCGUCUCUUUUUUUG